GACGGCUACUAUCUGAAUACAACUGCAAACGAAACGAUCCUCGAAACCAGCGCCGUAAACGUCAGUCGUGGAUCCCCGCGACUGAUAUUUGUGCCGUUACCUAAUCUUUUUCACCAACGAAUCCAGUCAGGAGAGGAAAGAAACCGGAAAAGCUUUUGUGCACUUUUUACUUAUCUUCACAUAUAAAAUAAUCUUCUGUUCGGUUGUACGCACCUGGUUGUAAUAAAGUAAAAUAAAACGUUAUUUUUUCGAACAUUAAUUUCCUAAAUUGAAAAAUCGAAUACAUUUGUCCACAUUGAGCUAUACCGAGCAAAUACUUCCGUUACAAUGUAUCAAGCAAAUAUAUUAAAUUUAGCAGGUGAGGUGAUACAGAAUUGUUUUGAAUAUAUAUCUACAUAUUGCGAAGAAUUCGAAUGUAAGCAUGCUUUUAUAUUUGAAAGAUUUUGGAAGUCUCGAUAAGUCUUUAAUCUUGAAUCUUUAAAGUUUCGAUAUCUGUUAAAAGUCUUGAUAAGUCUAAUAAGUCUUAAUGCAUUCAAUAUCUUGUAUCUACAAUCUACAAUCUCUUUAUUAUAUCCUACUUUUAAUACUUUUAAGAUUUGCUACAUACAAGUCUUUUAAGACUUACAUGAUUUUCAAGACUUUUAAGAGUUUUAAAUAUUGAAUUGUGUUCAAAGUGAUAUGAAUUUUUGCAGCAUUAAAUCGUUCAAAACUAAGAUUGAAACCAUCACUAUUUCUACUUUUCUUAAAUACAUGUUUAUUUUUUAUUUAAUCCCCAUGUGCCCUCGUACAUUAUCAUUAUCAAAGAUACAAUAAAAAUUUCAUGAUUUCAUUCCUCAUUCGAUUCCUUAAUUAUUUCGAUAAGAGAUUCGCUGAUGUUUGUCACUGAAAUAUUAUCUUAACAUACAACGAUGUAAAAAUUUAUUUACUAUAUGAAUGCAAUUGAGAAAGACUUUUGUUUGCUUAUAUGAGUAUAAAAAAUAACCCAAUUUGGAUUGAUUUAAAGAAAUAAUAACAAUGCAGUAGUCUUGUCUAAUCAUAAAUUAGAAUGUAUGCUUAUAACCGAUACGAUAUCAAUAUAAAUUAAUUAAUAUAAAGCCAUGUGAAUAAACAAGUAUACAUUUAACAGAUAUUUUUAGUAUUAAAUUUUAAUUUUUCAGUCACAAUUAAAAACUUCUCAAUGACAAACUUAUUGGUGACUUUUUUGAUGUUAUAGUUAUAAUUAUAAUGCUUAGUUCUUUCACAAGUACAUAUUUCACAAGAUUGUCGUAAAAAUCAAGCAUAUGACUUAUUGAUAAUUUAUCAAAAAAUUUUCUUAUCUUACAAGUACAGAAAUAAAUAUACGUAUGCUUCUAAAUAUACUGAUGUAAUAAGUUUCGAUAUUAGUAAUUGUGUUGACCACCAACAUAACCUCGAUGUUUGUGCAAGACGUAGUUGUGCACGUGAUGCGUCUUAGUAGUAUUGAUUACCGUAAUAAAUAAACUGCAGUAAAUGUUAUAAUAUAGUUAAUAUUUAACAACGAAAUCUUUGACGCUUAAGAAUAGUAAAUUUAUAAAGUCGUUGGCUGUUAUUAAUUUUUAGUUUGUUAAAACCUAUUAACAAAAAUGACUUCGCUGUUUACUUGCAUCACAUGCCGAGUAGCAUUCAGAGAUUUAGAUAUACAGAGACAACACUACAAAUCAGACUGGCACAGAUACAAUUUAAAAAGAAAAGUAGCUGAACUACCUCCUGUAUCCAUAGAAGAAUUUCAGAAAAGAGUGAUUGCACAAAGGACCAAAGAUGAGAAAGAAAAGGAAGAAGGAACAAUGAGUUGUAAAAUAUGUAAGAAGAAUUUCAACACAAGAAACCAAUAUGAAAAUCAUUUAUUAUCAAAAAAACAUAAGGAGAAAUGUGCAAAGCAAGAUGUUGCUUUUGAAACUGAAAGUGAAGAUCUUGAAAAUAAUGCUGGUCUAUCGUUUGGUUCUGUAAUUAAGAAAAAUGUGCAAGGGAAAGUUUCUGUAAAACAACUAAGUGAAGAUAUGGAAGUAGAUUCUGAUAUUGAAUCUAUAAAUUCUGACGAAUGGGUGGAAGAUACUGAAAAUCCAGUCACAAAUAACAAUUGUUUAUUUUGCAAUCAUCAUAGUAGGUCAUUGGUACGCAAUCUAAAACACAUGACAAUUGCACAUUCGUUCUUCGUACCAGAUCCUGAAUAUUGCACAGACAUUAAAGGUUUACUUAUGUAUCUUGGAGAAAAAAUUUUUGCUGGAUACAUGUGCAUUUGGUGUAAUGAUUCUGGAAGAUGUUUUCAAACUGUUGAGGCUGCUAGGGCACAUAUGAUAGAUAAAGGUCAUUGUAAAAUGUUGCACGAAGGAGAUGCAUUAGCAGAAUAUGCAGAAUUUUAUGAUUAUUCAUCCAGCUAUCCUGAUGUAGAAAUUGGUGAUCCAGAUGCAGAGGUUGAAAUACCAGAAUUAGACGAUAGCGAUUACCAGCUAGUAUUACCAUCAGGAAGUAUUAUUGGUCAUAGAUCUCUGUUCAGAUACUAUAAACAAAACUUAAAUCCAAAUAGGGCAGUUGCAGUAUCAAAGAGUACAAAACUGCGUAAAAUACUGUCACAAUAUAGAGCUUUAGGAUGGUCAGAAACACAAAAAGAGGCAGUUGUAAAGAAAGCGAGAGAUAUCAAAUAUAUGGAAAGAGUACAAGCAAAAUAUUCUACACAAUUGCAGUUUAAGGCAAAUAAGCUGCAAAAACAUUUUAGACCUCAAGUGAACUUCUAAGCUUUUCUGUUGUAUAAAUGUAUAAAGUUCUAUAUAAGUGUUCUGUUGUAUAAAUGUUCCUGUAAGACUGUAUUUCUUUUUAAACUAUGUAAAUUUUAUGGAAAAUUUAAUGUUGCGCUGCAUACUUAUACAUUCAUUAUUAAUAUAAAAUUACCUAUAUAGUUGAAAAAUUCGAAUUUAAUAUAGCUUAAAGUUAAUUGAAAGGAUUAUUAGACAUUAGCCAUUAUGAAGUGUAAUGUUUAUUUGGCGGAUACUUUUACAAAAUAAUUUGUAAUAUAUUUUUGUAACACGUAACACCAAUAAAAAUAAUACUUCUCGUGA